AUGGAACAACUUACGUUGAAGCAACGCACUCCGGUCGAAAGCCCUGAGGUGGAAAACUGGGACGACGACGACUUUGAGAACCUGGAAGAUGUCCACUUCCGUACUGCUUCAACAGCAACGUCUGUCAUCUCUCAUCCCCAAACACACCGUCGAGAUUCCGUCUCGUCGCGCAUGUCACUGCGGUCCGAGUCGAAUCAGGGAGACGAAAAUUGGGAUGUCCUGGUGGAUGAACAAGCCUCGAUCAAGGACGCUGUAGCUCUUGCGAAGAGCAAAGGAAUACCAUUACCUACCAACAUACCGCGUUCGGCAUUGGAGGGUGGCACUAUAAGGCGGCUGAAGGGUAAAGAAAUCAAGAAAGCAAUUGCGGACGACUGGUCGGAAGACUUGGAUUUGCCUGGCACCGACAUGCCUCUCAAGCUCGCCAAACACGAUGAGCGUGAUUUAUCGGAGAGUCUGCGACAGAUCAGUGCGGCUUUCAGAACGUCACCCAAGACCCCGGAAGCGAAAGACAUGUUUGAUCAAACCAUCAGAUCACCUAAGUCUCGCUCGGCAGCUAUGCCUAUCACCUUGGAUGCUUUUCGAGAUACGGAUGAGGAUGCUGGCUUUGCGGACGUCCCAACAAUAAAGGUCGCAAAGCAUAGAUCGCCUCAGAAGCCUUUGCUCUUCCGGCAACCUCCUACUCCCGCGAAGCCCGAAACCGAAAACAUCGAAGACGAUCUCGAGUUGCCUUCUGAUGGGCAGCUGCGCCUGUCCACUAGGAAACCGCCCCCUUCAACUCCUCAACAAAGUGACGACUUUGACCUUGAAUGGGCCGAGGGCAGUCUGGGUACAAGGAACGCCGGCACCAGAAGAGGAGGCCGAUCUGCACGUAGCUCAUCUGCCUCGGCCCUGAGUCCGAGUGUUUCGAGUGCUUUCACAGCCGAGAGCGAAGAUGAAGGCCUUGAAGGACUCGUCCUGCCUGACGGACCCAUUCAAUUUGAGGACAAGCUCAAACGGCGCCAACACGAGCAACCGUCUGAGCCACCUCGAAGUAUUCCAGAUCACAAGGACGACUCCAGGACGACGGCUGGAAAGGACGACUUCUUCUCCGGUCUAGAAAUCGGCGAUGGAGAGGUUUUUGACGCUGCAAAAUUGACGCUGAAUCGCAAUGUUAAGCACAAGAGUGCACGGCCUAGCAGUCCGUCCAAAAGGACAACAACCACACUCAAUUUCACAAGCACCAAAAGUCAAGGAACUAUCUCCCGGCUGCCCAGAUUUCAACCAGCUCACGACAGGCUUGAGCGUGCUCGGUCCAAUUUGGAACCUGUCUCGGAAACCGGCGCUGCGAUAUCAUCGUAUCAACGAGCGAACUCAAGACUUGGUAAUCAUGCAAGUCAUUCAUCUGUUUCAGCGAUCCCAGCCCCUCAGCCUCCUUCUACUCCGUCUACCCCAAGUCGACGGCUCCUCCGUGGUACUGAUUCUCGUCCUGACCUGCGCUACGAACCACCGACAACUACGACCGCGCAGCUCUUGCGUGCAAAGAGAUCCAUGCCCGUUAUGCGUGGCUUAAACUCGCCCACCAAAGCUUCGCCGUACGUCAGACCACCUUCGAGACAGGAGACUGGAAGCCGUUUGAAUAUACCCUCACGUCCCAAGACCCCGACGGAUCGAGCAGAGUCUCGCAUCGGAGAACCCAGGAAAGGCGCAAUACCCUUCCUUCCAGCAGGUGCGUCCGCUGGACAGUCUCAGCAUGUUAGUAUCAAAAAUCACUACCGUGGUCAAGGUUCCGAUGGCUCUGGCGACAGUAUGUCUGCUGCUCAAAGGUCUUUGUCUCGACUAGCUGGGCUCGGCAGACCGGAGACGCCUGGCCGUGGUAUAGACCCUGCUCGUGGGCGAAGCAAUCUCACGCCUGCCGAGUUGGCUGCGCAGGCCAAGAAGUCAAUCACUAAACCUACAAGGCGACGCAAUUAUGGCGAUGGAACGGAGCUGGAGAUCUUUGACGACCUGCCCACCUCGGCUACCCUUGAAUCUAAAUUCACGAAGGCGCCCGUGGGCCGUGGUGCACCGCGAAGCCUUCGAAGCAAACUUGGACUGUCGCAUCUCAACCCGUCUACAUCUUCCCUUGCUAGCACCAGACGCGGCAGUGACACCCCUGUUCCUGCAACACCACUGUCACCGGCGCCUCGAAGCGAUUUUCCAACUACAGCCCUCAAUACGACCAAUGUUCCUCGCUUCGCGCGCGACACGGCCGCUUCCCGCAAUGCGCGCGAACAGCGCCAAAUCUCAAGCGCUUUUCAAAACAUGCGAGGUGAACCACUACAACCCAUAUCGACGAAUUGGAAGUCAAACUCAGCGGCCAUCCGCCCUAGCAAUCAGGGUAGCUUGAGGAAAAAGAGAAGCGAAAAGGUGCAAUUGAAGCCACAUCUCAUCAAACCUAUGGGCAACGACGUGAACCGAGCAAAAACGGAGAAAGGCAUGAAUUACAAUCCGCUCUUGUUUAGGUGGGAAGGUAAUGAAAAUGACCUAGCGCCUUUCGAUGUCCCGGACUUCUACCCUCGGGGUGGCAGCCCUGGUAUACAAGGUCGAGGCAGCCCAGGUACCAAAGCUCAGGUGGCAUUGAUCUCAAAUGUGGGCUCUAGCGUUACAGGCGUUCAAGUUGUGGGCGGCAUGGUAUUCGACCCCUCACAAAUGCGCUGGCUCAAAAUUGCCGAGAAUCCAGAUGGAAGUGUGUCGAGUGUUCGCGGUGGUAGUGUACAGAUUGAAGAGGAGGAAGACGUCUUCGCCGGACUUGAAGACCUGAAAGAAGAGGACGAAACACGCAGUCGCAGCGGCACGCUCCAAAACAUGUCUAAUAUCGAGCAAUCAAGGGAUUCGUUCGGGGAUGCAGAGGCUGGCCACAGCAGUGGUGACGAAUGGGGAAUUGGUGUCAGCGAAGAGUUCGACGUGGGUCCUGAGUUUGUGAGGAGACAGAGAGGGGAAGAGGAGAGAUGGCGGCGGAAAGUAGAAAAGUGGCUGAGAAAGGGUCUUGAAGUGGAAGAGGAAGAAGGUCCCGAUGGAAGAGGAGGAUGGAGGUGGGCUAUUCGUGAGCUGGUGAUGGAGCAAGGUGAAGCUUAG